AUGCGUUCAGACUCCCAAAAAAUUCUCAUCCUGAUUACUGAUGGAAAGUCUGAGGACGACGUAUCCCGCCCCUCACAGCACCUGAGAGACUCCGGCAUUGAGAUCUACACUAUUGGUGUAAAGAAUGUAAACGAGGCUCAGCUGAGGACCAUUGCCUCAGAUCCUGAUGAAAUUCACAUGUUCAGUGUCAUCGACUCCUCGUCCUCCUGGACAUCGUUGCCAACCUCACCAUCAACCUCUGUAACAGUGCCAACAGCUCAGCUUGAAAUAUUUUGCUCACCUGGCAAAGCUGUUGGACUCACCUGCUCAGAGCCUGUCAGGUUGGUGGGAGGAGCCAGUCGCUGUGCAGGUACACUGGAGGUGAAACAGGGAGAGUGGAGACCAGUGAGAUGCUCUGACUGGACCCUGAAGGAAGCAGCAGACUCUGUCAGGCUGGUGAAUGGGACUAGUCUGUGUUCAGGCAGACUGGAGGUGAAGUCUGAGCAGUCGUGGUCCUCAGUGUGUGAAGCUGACUUUGACCAGCAGGAUGCAGAGGUGGUCUGUAGGGAGCUCGGCUGUGGGGCUCCUUCAGUCCUCCAGGGGGCGCUCUAUGGAGAAGUGGAGGCUCCGAUGUGGACCAAAGAGUUCCAGUGUGGAGGCCAUGAGUCUGCUCUCCCGGACUGUGGAAGAUCAGACUCAGCUAGAAGCACCUGCUCACCUGGCAAAGCUGUUGGACUCACCUGCUCAGAGCCUGUCAGGUUGGUGGGAGGAGCCAGUCGCUGUGCAGGUACACUGGAGGUGAAACGGGGAGAGUGGAGACCAGCGAAAUACGAUGACUGGACCCUGAAGGAAGCAGCUGCAGCCUGCAGAGAUCUGGACUGUGGCUCUGCUGUUUCAACAGGAAGCAGAAACGAAGCCUCAGACAGAUCUGUAUGGUGGAUCAGUUCUUACUGUGAUCAUUCUGGAUCUGCACUGAGGGACUGUGCAUCACCAGAUUCCUCUUCCUCCAUCAUGGAGCUCACCUGCUCAGACCUGCUGGUUCAGCCAAUCAUCUCUGUGUCUUCUACCAUGGACGGGGUCUCCGAGGCCCAGCAGCAGGGGUUUCAGGUGCGUCAGGGCUCCAACUUCACCAUCAGCUGCUCCAUCCAGCCUCAGUACCCAGGAGGCUCCUUCCAGCUCACCUUCACCUCCUCCAACACAGCACACAACUACACCCAGCCAGCUGUCAAUCACUCUGCUGACUUCCUGUUUCCUGCUGCAGACCCCGCCCACCAAGGAAGCUACAGCUGUGUUUAUGGCGUCUAUGUUUUUGCUCAUAACUUCUUCUCUGAGAGCCGUCUGCUGUCUCUCACUGUCACAGAUCCAACAGUUCAUAUCAUCAGACUGGUCGUCCUGCUGGUGACUCUGCUGUUGGUCGUCGCUGUCGUCAUUUUCAUCCGGAAGGUACUGAACACAUGUUUGUUGUUUAGAGGACUGGUUGAAAUGAAGCACUCAGCCUGUUUAUAUUGAACUGAAGAGAGGAGUGAUGCAGUAACUUAGAUCUGU